UACAAUACAACUCUACUCACAUUGCGUUAAAAUUUUGUAUGUCGCGUUGUUCGGCUGUUGCUCGUGUAAAAAUUAUUAAAAUUACACAAACGCACAUCACCGCAGCCGUUAACGAUUUUUAAUGUGAGUAAAACAAAAAGGCAGCAAUAAUGGGAGCCUGUGUAUGUCGCAUGAAUCCCGACAAUGAGACAAUGAGCGUUUCUUCGGCGAGCGCAUCUCGUCCGGCCAGCGCAGGCAUUCCAAUAGGCGGUGCAACGCGCAAAAAUCGCCCACUGUGCCAUGAAACAAUUAAAUGGCGCUCGGACGUGCCAUUAACCGAAGGUCAACUACGCUCCAAACGGGACGAGUUCUGGGACACGGCUCCCGCAUUUGACGGACGCAAAGAGAUUUGGGAUGCACUCAGAGCGGCCACAAAUGCUGCCGAGGGUCUGGAUUUCCAACUGGCCCAGGCCAUAUUAGAUGGCGCUAAUGUAUCCGUGCCUAAUGGGUACCUCACAGAGUGUUACGAUGAGCUCGGUACACAGUAUAAGGUGCCAAUUUAUUGUCUAUCAUAUCCCAUAAACAUUGUUAAGGAGGAGAACGGACGCGAUUCACCAGCUGAAUACUCAGAGCCCGUUGAUGGGGGCACCGAAAUCAUUCUCAAACUGCGCAUAUCAUCGACUAUGACUGAUGUUAAACUGCCGGUAUACUCAAAGGAUGUAGUGGGACAGUGCAAGAAAAAGCUGCAGGCCAUGGAGGGUGUCGAUGCAUGCUGCCAGCGUUGGUUCUACAGCGGUAAGCUGCUGGGCGAUAAGGUGCCCAUCGAUGAGUGCAGCAUACACCAAGGAUAUGUGGUACAGGUCAUUGUUAAUACGGAGCACUACAAUCACGACAACAGCACGAGUAUCGUUCAUAUGUCACUUGCGAGCUAGCAACGCAACAACUCUAGUAAACUAGUCAGCAUAGGUAACAACAACAGCAACAACAAGCUAUAUCAACGGCAACAACAACAACUGGUUAGCAGCAGCAACAAAAAUGUCAUAUACUCAGGCAACAGCACAAGGAACUUUAUUGUAAAGCACAAAAAGCCACAGCAACAAGAAAGUCAACGACAGCAACAACAAAAGCAAGUGCUAACUUAUUGCAUUUAUAGAAAUGUACAAUUGCAACAACAAAACAUACUAGAAAUUAUUGCUGUCAUCUGCACAAUGCUGAUUGUUGACUAACAUUUUUGAUUUUGUGGCUGCUCGCCCUUUUGUUGUUGUAGUUAUUGUUCAAUGCUUUUGUAAUAUAUACAAUUCAGAGCGAAAAAAAAUUAAAUGAGGAAUGCUUAAAAAUAUAAAAUAAUUUAUACAUACAUAUAUACAUAUAUUUUUUUGAUAAUAAUUUAGCAGUCCUUAUAAAGCAUUAUUUAUAUAUAAGCAUAUAAGAAAUAUUCAAAAUACGCCGUAAAAUUCACAGUUGGAGAACAAAUAAGCAAAAUGUACAUUAUUUCAUGGAAUCAAAAAAAUAACAAUCAAAUUCAUAACAUAGGUAAAAAUGCAAAAUAAAUACAAACUGUUUAUUAACUAAUUGUAAGUAAAUCUUGCGAAACAUUUGUAUCUAUUGUAAAAACAUAAACAAAAAGUUGUAGUAUUUGAUUGUAAUUGAACAACCACAAGCAAAGAUUAUUUGCUUCAAGAACUUGAAAUACUAUAUCAACUUUUGAUACUGUACAUGGAAGCAUAACUGUAAGAAUGCCAAGCACAAACUGAAACUGAAUAACUUUUUGUAAUCAAAUGCAUCAAAAAACGAAAACGAACUUAACAAAAAUAAUUGUUAAACAUAUUUCUUGCUCAACGUAGUUAACAUAACAAUAGUAGGAUGUGAUUGGAGAGGGAAACGUUAAUAUCGCAUAGAGUAAACCCAAGUACCUUAUAAAUGUAUAUGAUUUUUGCUUAUAGUUUUAUAGCCAUAACAGAAAUACAAUGAAGUGCUUUUUUGUUAAUUAAACCAUCUUAUUUUGUAUGAUUUAAUAAAAGGAAAAAUAUUA